AACUCCCGAAGAAUCUACGAAAGAAUUCCCGGAGAAACCACGAAAGAACUCUCGCAGAACCCACGAAAGAACUCUCACAGAAUCCAUGAAAGAACUUCCUAAGACCCACGAAAAAACUCCCGAAGAAUCUACGAAAGAACCUACGAAAGAACUCUCGAAGAAACCACGAAAAAACUCCCGAAGAGCCUGCGAAAGAACUCCCUAA